AUGGCAAUGGACGAUGCAGAUGAAGCGUUUGCCGCCGCGCAGGAAGCGCUAAAAGCGCUGUCAUUUCUGGACGAUGCGAGCAAACUGAAGCUCUAUGCACAUUACAAGCAAGCCACCAUGGGACCUGCGCAGGGUUCCAGGCCUAGCAUGUUCAAUCAGGUAGCACGGGCGAAGUGGGACGCUUGGUCCCAGAUGAGCAGCAUGAGUGCUAGAGAGGCGAAGCGUGGUUACUGCUUGCUGGCGGACGAGUUCGCACCUGGCUGGCGUGAGGCGUUGGAAACUGCCGAUGCAUCCCAGACCCCAGAGACCGUGCCAGAAAAACAGACGGACGGAGCUGUCCUCCAAAAUUACGAUGAGGACCGUCUCUUCCAAGCUGCCCAGGAAGCAGUCAAAAUGCUGCCAUCGCUCGACGACACAAGCAAACUGAAUCUUUAUGCACAUUACAAGCAAGCCACCGUGGGACCUGUGCAGGGUUCCAGGCCAAGCAUGUUCAAUCAGGUAGCACGGGCGAAGUGGGACGCGUGGUCCCAGAUGAGCAGCAUAAGUGCUGCAGAGGCGAAGCGUGGUUACUGCUGGCUGGUGGACGAGUUCGUUCCUGGUUGGCGGGAAGCACUCCAGAUUGCCGAUGUAUCCCAGACCCUGGAGACCGUGCAAGAGCAACAAACGGACAGAGCAGUCCUCCGAAAUUACGAUGAGGACAGUCUCUUCGAAGCUGCGCAGGAAGCAGUGAAAUCGCUGCCAUCGCUGGACGACGCAAGCAAACUGAAGCUCUAUGCACAUUACAAGCAAGCCACCAUGGGACCUGCGCAGGGUUCCAGGCCAAGCAUGUUCAACCAGGUUGCAAGGGCGAAGUGGGAUGCUUGGUCUCAGCUGGGCAGCAUGAGUGCCACCGAAGCGAAGCGUGGCUACUGCUUGCUGGCGGACGAGUUCGCACCUGGCUGGCGUGACGCGUUGGAAACUGCCGAUGCAUCCCAGACCCUAGAGACCGUGCAAGAGCAACAGACGGACAGAGCAGUCCUCCGAAAUUACGAUGAGGACAGUCUCUUCGAAGCUGCGCAGGAAGCAGUAAAAUCGCUGCCAUCGCUGGACAACGCAAGCAAACUGAAGCUCUAUGCACAUUACAAGCAAGCCACCAUGGGACCUGCGCAGGGUUCCAGGCCAAGCAUGUUCAACCAGGUUGCAAGGGCGAAGUGGGAUGCUUGGUCUCAGCUGGGCAGCAUGAGUGCCACCGAAGCGAAGCGUGGCUACUGCUUGCUGGCGGACGAGUUCGCACCUGGCUGGCGUGAGGCGUUGGAAACUGCCGAUGCAUCCCAGACCCUAGAGACCGUGCAAGAGCAACAGACGGACAGAGCAGUCCUCCGAAAUUACGAUGAGGACAGUCUCUUCGAAGCUGCGCAGGAAGCAGUGAAAUCGCUGCCAUCGCUGGACGACGCAAGCAAACUGAAGCUCUAUGCGCACUACAAGCAAGCCAUCAUGGGACCUGCGCAGGGUUCCAGGCCCAGCAUAUUCAACCAGGUUGCAAGGGCGAAGUGGGACGCUUGGUCUCAGCUGGGCAGCAUGAGUGCCACCGAAGCGAAGCGUGGCUACUGCUUGCUGGCGGACGAGUUCGCACCUGGCUGGCGUGAAGCGUUGGAAGCUGCCGAUGCAUGCCAGACCCUAGAGACCGUGCAAGAGCAACAGACGGACAGAGCAGUCCUCCGAAAUUACGAUGAGGACAGUCUCUUCGAAGCUGCGCAGGAAGCAGUAAAAUCGCUGCCAUCGCUGGACGACGCAAGCAAACUGAAGCUCUAUGCACAUUACAAGCAAGCCACCAUGGGACCUGCGCAGGGUUCCAGGCCAAGCAUGUUCAACCAGGUUGCAAGGGCGAAGUGGGACGCUUGGUCUCAGCUGGGCAGCAUGAGUGCCACGGAAGCGAAGCGUGGCUACUGCUUGCUGGCGGACGAGUUCGCACCUGGCUGGCGUGAGGCGUUGGAAACUGCCGAUGCAUCCCAGACCCUAGAGACCGUGCAAGAGCAACAGACGGACAGAGCAGUCCUCCGAAAUCACGAUGAGGACAGUCUCUUCGAAGCUGCGCAGGAAGCAGUGAAAUCUCUGCCAUCUCUGGACGACGCAAGCAAACUGAAGCUCUAUGCACAUUACAAGCAAGCCACCAUGGGACCUGCGCAGGGUUCCAGGCCCAGCAUAUUCAACCAGGUUGCAAGGGCGAAGUGGGACGCUUGGUCUCAGCUGGGCAGCAUGAGUGCCACGGAAGCGAAGCGUGGCUACUGCUUGCUGGCGGACGAGUUCGCACCUGGCUGGCGUGAGGCGUUGGAAACUGCCGAUGCAUCCCAGACCCUAGAGACCGUGCAAGAGCAACAGACGGACAGAGCAGUCCUCCGAAAUUACGAUGAGGACAGUCUCUUCGAAGCUGCGCAGGAAGCAGUGAAAUCGCUGCCAUCGCUGGACGACGCAAGCAAACUGAAGCUCUAUGCACAUUACAAGCAAGCCACCAUGGGACCUGCGCAGGGUUCCAGGCCCAGCAUAUUCAACCAGGUUGCAAGGGCGAAGUGGGACGCUUGGUCUCAGCUGGGCAGCAUGAGUGCCACGGAAGCGAAACGUUGCUAUUGCUUGCUGGCGGACGAGUUCGUACCUGGCUGGAGAAGGCAAGCUGCAACUGCUACAGCUGCGGAUGCUGUGUCGGCUGGCGCGACGGAACCGUUACUCCAAGCUUCUGACGACAGGCCUUGGCUGGCAGCGCUCCAAGACAGGCUGCUGGACCUGCCGGAAUUCAAAACACAACCGGGUCCGGGCAGGAUGUGGACUGCAACAGACAUGUGGUCCCUUCUCACAGCAAGUGGUGAUGCCUUUGACAUCGUUUCUCCUGGUGUGGCUUCGGGCAGCCCUGCAUGGCACACGGAGGUCCGCCCGCUGUGGCCUGGUGACGGUGCGAGUGCCAAACCUGCGCCGGACAGCUGGAGCUUCGUGGAAACAAGGUACUUCGAAGGUCCUGCUGGGCACCGCAAGCUCUGGUCAUUUCUGGAACGUGAGCUCCGCGUCUCUCUGGCCAAGCGUGCGGAGAUGGAUGCCAAGGAUGCUCUCGACCUUCCCCCACCUCCUCCGGGAUUGCUGGAUUCGCUGAGAAACACUUUCGACGCCGAGAUGGUCUCCCUGUCAAGUCAGGCACGUAUUCGGGCUGGAACUGGUCAGAGCCUUGCAGACAUGUGGAGCCUGCAUACUGGUGCCUCACUCCCACGGAUGCCAGAUGCUGUCGUUCAUCCUCGCAGUGAGGACGACGUGUGCGCUCUGCUAAAGGCUGCGGCCGCGCAUGGUCACAAUGAUCCCCGUGGCUUCUUGGUGAUACCUGUGGCUGGCGGUACGAAUGUAACAUCGUCGACUUUGUGCCCUUCUAGGGAGGAGGAGUCUCGACCGGUGGUAGCGGUGGAUAUGCUCGAAAUGAAGCGCAUGCUCUGGGUUAAGCCAGAGGAUGGACUGGCAUGCUUUGAAGCCGGCAUCACCGGCCAAGCUCUGAACGAUGCUUUGUUGCGAGAAGGCCUGACCAUGGGCCUGGAACCUCUGUGCUGGGAGCGCUCAACACUGGGUGGCUGGGUGGCGAGUCGCGCCACGGGUCUCAAACAAGCCCGUUACGGUGACAUCGAGGAGGCACUGGUAGAGAUUCGCGUCGCGACAUCAUCUGGGUUGCUUUGGCAGCAUGGCGGGCACUUGAAGCACGAGCAGUCCGAUCCCGCAUGCCCUGCAAAAGGACAUAUCUCCAGCGGCGGUCGGAAAUCCACGGGUGUGGAACUCCCAGGGCUGCUGCUGGGAAGUCAAGGAUGUCUUGGAGUUAUUACGGCUGCAGUCAUUCGGGUGCAUGCUCUGCCAGAGCUGACCUUGGGCGGAAGCCUUGCUUUCCCGAGCUGGGAGCAGGGAGCGCGUUUCGCUCGAGACGUUGCUCGCCUGCCCAAGGCACUUAGGCCUGCAUCGUGCUGGCUCGUCGAUGCCAAGCAAAUCGACAUGGCAGAGGCGCUGCACCAUGGAGAGUCAGUGGGCCGACACUCUUCGUUGCGGCCCCUGCCGAGUCACCAGGUCGCCGCUGAGAUCCUCCUCGAAGGCUCUCGCGAAGAAGUGGAUGCCCAGAAGUGCAUGCUGCAUCAGCUUGCAGCGAUCCACGCUGGCACGUGGGGCGCAGCAGGCAAGCUCCUGCAUCAGCUGUCGAUGACCCUGCCCCACGUUCGUCAACUUGGCAUUGGCUAUGAUGUCUUCAUGGACAGCAUUGAGAUUCAGAUUCCUUGGGCAUCCCUGGAAGCCACCAUUUCAGCUGUGUCGGAGGUUGCAAGGUCUGGGCACCACGACUUCGAUUUUCCAGGAGCUCCAUAUCUCUCUUUCGGCCUGGGGCAGCUGCUUCCCGAAAGGGCAGUCCUCACUGUUCAUCUAGCCACUUGUGUGGCAGGCCUUGACCCCAGCACUGCACUUCGCGCCUUCAGCUGCUGGAGACAUUCGGUGGAAGCUGCGGUUGCACGCGAGGGCGAUGAAGUACCUGGUCAGAGAGGCAGUCCACCAGGAGGCUGCGUGGCUGCUUUGAGAAGCUUGAAGGCAGCCAUAGAUCCUGAAAGGAUCUUUCCAUCGCUUCGACACGGCCAAUCGUAUGGAUUGCCGUGA